AUGUCGGCGAUGUCUCUUUUCCCUUUGACACUCGCGGCGUGGACGUCACUGGCGGUGACGGAGAUGGUCACUGGCGGUGACGGAGAUGGUAAGCUGAAGGUCACUGGCGGUGACGGAGAUGGUAAGGUGAAGGUCAUUGGCGGUGACGGAGGUGGUAAGCUGAAGGUGGCUGGCGGCUUCGACGUAGACGUGCACGCGGACCAAUGGGCAGGCCCCAGCGAGUUGCAGACGCAGAUGAUGGCGGGCAUGUCCUGCAAGGCGCUUGGUGGUUGUCCGCGCUGCCUGGCAGGCCAGGCGUGUACUUGUGGCUUCCUCGACGGUUGCUCUAAAGCUAUGCGGUGUAAGUACCCUUACGGCUUCGCGGACCACAAAGCCCUAACCACUAGCGUCACUUUUCAAGGCACCGACGGCCAAGACAUGCACCAAGUCUACGGCAAAAUGGGCAAGGCCGUGGAAGACAUCUUCACGGACUACGCCACCGCCUCCAACUUCUCACAAAAAUCCACCAAAAUCAGGGGCGAGUGGCCAGAGGUGUUCUCCGUUGUCGGAACCGACGACAAGAACAGAACUCUCACCCAAGACUUCGUCUGCUGCUGCGACUGCGCCCCCCCCGGCUCCAGUCACACACACCCGAACGCACACACUCGCUCAACCGCCUCAAAUAUCGAACCCUGGGCAAUCUCGGCCGUUGGCGCAGGUGCCCUGCUCAUGCAUAAGCACCUCUUUAGUGUGGACUAA